AUGGAUAAUGUAAAGGAUCUCGUACUUGGUAGCAUAUGUCCUUGUCUCUUCCGAAGAUGUAGACUAUGGAGACCCAUCCCAAACUUUGUAAAAGCUGAUAUAAAUGGAUUUAAAAUAGUGGAUUCGAUACAUUUUUCACAAAGUGAAGAUGUUUGUAAUAUAUUAAGGGCAUCUGGAGAAACUAAUUAUAUAAUUGAUGAUGAUAUACUUAGCGAUAAUUUUGAUGGCGAAUUCCAAGAAACAGGAUCUUAUUUAUCUAUUGAUAAUAUGUGUUAUCAAUAUGGCAAGGUAGAUUUGCAUCCUUUAUUAAAUGUUGACAUGCUUAAAAGAAAUGAAUCAAGGUACAGAGUAAUGAUGUCAUUACGUGGAAAUGAAAAUUUGCGGCCUCCGAUAGAUAUAAACGAAAUUGUAUCGUUUGUGCCUAAUCUUAUAUUAAAUAAUUUAAUGAAUAAUUCUAAGGAUGUGAAAAUCGAUUUGGAUAACGAUUCUGCGAUUUCUCUAAAAACAUCAGAGUAUGACGCUAUAAUUGUAUUUUGCGAUGCCAGUGGUUUUACAUCAUUGGCAGAUUCGCUAUGCCGUUCUAAGUAUGGAGCCGUUAGGCUUGGUAAUUGUUUAAAUAAAUUUUUUGAUCCCUUAAUAGAUACAAUUUAUUCUUGGGGAGGAGAAAUAUUGUCAUUUUCAGGAGAUGCAGUCACUGCUUGUUGGUUAAUCUCUCCCACGCCUAAUGGAGAUAACAGUGAAUUUGAUACACAACGUAUUAACUCUAGUUUAUGCGCACUUUCUUGCUGCGGGGAACUUCAUCUUGGAUUAAAUGAAUUUCCUACUCCAGUUACUGAUAAAGUUUUAUCAUUGCAUAUUGGUGUUGGAUAUGGACAACUUAAAUUGACGCCGAUAAAAGUUGAUCAGGAUUCUGCGAUUUCAUUCAUUAUUACAGGUUCUUCGAUCGUUGAAGCCACUAAGGGGGAAACUCAAGCAUCAGGUGGUGAAACAGUUAUUGGACCAAAUGUUUUUGAAAUAUUAAAAAAUGUCGUACGUACCACGCCUAUGGAAUCUGGAUGGCACAAAGUCAAGCAUAUAACAUGCUCUCUUCCAAUAUGUCCAAAAAACAAAGAUGAUAAACAAUUAAAUAAAGAUAUACUUCCUUUGUUAGAGCAAUUAAUUCAACCAAAUAUCUUUAAUCAAGUCUGCUCCGGUCUUGGAUCAUUCUCCAAUGAGAUGAGAAGAAUAAGUGCGGUAUUUGUAGGAUUAAGGUCUAUAUCUAUAUUGGAUUCUAAAAUAGAGGAUCAUGCCGCUAAAUUGCAUGUUGAAUGUAAAAAAAUAUCAAGUUCAUAUGGAGGAACAUUGAAUAAGAUAAAUGUAGAUGAUAAAGGCGUUAUUGCUCUAUUGUUAUUUGGGUUGCCUCCAGACUAUAGAUGUGAUUAUGCAACUAGGGCCGUAAAUGCUGCCAGAAAAAUUGUAUCCAAAUGCAGAGCAAGUGCUGGAGUUGUUACUGGAUAUGCAUGGUGUGGUCUGUUAGGAAAUAAUAUAAGGAAGGAGUAUACUGCUUUGGGAGAUCUAAUUAAUUUAUCAGCUCGACUUAUGGAAUUGGCAGAUGAUGGACAGGUCCUGGUUGAUCGAGUAACAUUUAAAAGAGUUAAAAAAAUUCCUCUAGUAUUGAGCGCACAUAAAAAAGUUAAAGGCAAAACGGGUAAUUUUGAUAUUUACCAAGUUUGUAAUAAAUACGAAUUAAAUUCUCAAAUUUUAUUUAAAAAGACAAAAAUGACAAAUUAUAUUCCUAAUUUCGUUGGGAAAUUAAUUAAUUGGAAAAAUUGGCCGUUUAGACAAAAUAUUAGUAAAAUUUUAGAUCCAUUAAUAUUAAAAGGAGGAAUUAAAAAUAUUUUAGCAACUAAAGGUGAAGGACUUGUAGAAGCUAUAUUAUUAUCCACUUACUAUUUUGGAACUAAAAACUGGAUGGCCCUAAGGGUUGAAAACGGCAAUUGGAAAGGAUUAAUAGAUAAAAUAUUAUCUACAGAUAAAAUAUCAACUGCAAAACAACUAUUAGCACCUAGAUUCCAUUCCAAAUUGGGAGCAUUAUUUGAUUCAUCAUUUUUUGAUAAGGAUACUACUAUGUUAAAGAGGUUUUCUUUUGGUCUAGAUUUAGAAAGUGCCAGAAAAGUUUGGGGAUCGCCUUAUGAAGUUCUAAUUGAAAUAUUUAGGGGUUAUGCAAAAUUAUUUGGUUCAGCAGGGAUCGUUAUUAUAGUUGAAGCAUUUAAAGAUGAUCCAAUGCUUGAAGAUAUGAUUAAAGUUGUUUUGUCGGAUAGCAAUAGAAUCAAAAAGGUCGCUAUUCUCACUUUAGGGACAAAACGUAUUAAAAAUGUGCCAACUAGCGUUAUAGGGACACUUUCACGGGAGGAAUCUAGAAAUUUGACCGCACAUAUUUUACGUCAGCCCAUAGACUCCGCUAAUAUAGAUUUAUUAUCAGAAUAUGUAUACAGAAUUACUGGAGGAGCUAGCAGAUACUUAUCCCAAACUAUUAAACUUUUGAUAACAAAAGGAAUUAUCAAGUGGGAAGGAAUGAAUUAUUCUAAUAGAAGUGAAAAUGGCAAUGAUCAUUCGAAGGAUAGUGAUAAUGGAAUGUGUGACGAUGAAUCUUCGUCCGAUUCUGACUCUGACUCAGAUUUUAGUGUAUCUAUAGCUUCCGGAGAUGAAUUUUCAGAGGAAGAUUUAGAAUCUAUUAAUGGCGACGAUUUGAUGUUAAAUAUUGAAGAAUAUGGAGGUAUUGUUUUAGAUGAAUCUCUCGAUACAGCUCCCAUAAUAGAGUCAAUGUGGACAGAAGCAAUUAAAAUAGUUGAUAAUUUACCAGAAGAUCUUCUAAAAGGGGCUCUUUCUAUAGUAAAAUCCACUGGAAAUUUUUCAUCAGAAUCUGUUGAACCAAAUAUAUUGGAAAGUUUGGAAAUGGAAGGUGUAAUACGAAUUAUAAAAGAAACUGGGGGAAAUAUGUCAGAAAAUAUUUCUUAUACGCUUACAAAUGAUGCUAUUAGACGAGUCUUAACUGAAAAGUAUAUCAGUCGGACCUACAACCAGACACUAUAA